UCUCUGGUUGGCCUGAUGACCUAUUUGGACUGGGCUAUGGUAUUUAUCACGUCUGUAUCGUGUGUUUCAAUGCUAUUUGAGAGUCCUUGGCCGACAACUGGUGAAAAUCUUAUUUUCAAUAAUCCUUACCUGCAGAUAUGUGAAUAUUUGUUUGUUAUAUCGAUGACAUUCGAACUUGCUGUGAAGAUCCUUGCGAAUGGAUUUUUCUUUACGCCGAACGCAGUAAUACGGGAUGUUGGUGGUGUUAUGACACUUUUCAUAUACAUUGUUAGUGCUGUGAAAUAUUGA